GGUUCAGGAUGGACUGGCUCUUUCUCCACUUCCUGCUGAGUUGGCUUCCAGUUAGCAACAUUGUGGCUCUAGGGGUCCCUCCCCAUGCUGGGGUGCCAGGAGAUGCACCCCAACCUCCAUAGUUCCUUGGAGUGGGCCUGGCCCCUCCCCCUCUGUUCUCCUGAAUUCGAAGUUGAAGGGUCACCUUCUCUCCAAGGCCAGGCUCUGAGUCCUGUCCCCCCUCACUUCCCCAGAGACCCUACCCUGCAGAGGGUCCUCUCACCCUGCUGGAGCCUUUCUCUCAGCCUGUAAAUGUUGUCCUGUCCCUUCCAUCUGAAAGAAUCCCUCUAACCCCUUUGCCCCUCUUCCCUCAUGGCUAAAGUUACUGUAUGGUCUCCCUUUCUCCCCGGCUUCUCCCCCAGGCCAUCUCCUGUGCCCCACCCCCACCUCUGGAUUCAGUCCUAAACUGUCACCAGUGACCUCUUUUUUGCUAAACCCAAUGGACGCUUUUUCGAUCUCACCUUGACCUUCUUUUCCUUGACCCGAGGCCACCUUUGGACGCCACUGACACGCCUGACUUCUUGACACACUUCCACCUACCUUUCUAGCAUUCUGGUUUCCUUCCUACCGGCCUGACUGCUCUGUCUCCUCAGAUGUCCCUUCUGCCCCCAGAUGUGGUGCUGCAUCCCUGGCCCCAUCAGCCCCAAGCCAGCGCCCCCUCCGCUGUGCUCUGGAUUUGAGACUCCUGCCUCUUCAUCGUUUGUCUGUCUUUUCUCUUAAACUUCACACUCGAAUAUCCAGCUACCUCCUGACCUCAACUCCCCGAUGCCCCAGGGCACCCUACCCUUGUCAUGUCCCAAGCUGAAGUUCUUGUUUCCCCACCAAUGUCCUCUCCCUUCCUAGCCCCAUCAAGCCUGAAGCCCGGCUUGGAGGAGGAGUGGCGUCCUCGCUUCUCCACAUCCACUCACUCUCCUCAAAGCUCUGAGUCCUUGCCCUUCGCUUUCCCUCUGCCCCGUCUCCCCUCCUCACAUCCCCACUUGGGACUGGUGAGGCGGCUGGCCAUCUGGUUUCCCCCUGCCAUGCCACUCUUUUCCUGGCUUCUAAGGCAUGUUCCUAAAACACAGAAGCUCUUUCUUGUUCAAGGAGUCAAGUCCAAGUUCUUGGGGCUGCAUGGUGCUUCAGCAGACACCAGAUCAGAAUGCUUUGUGCCCUGAUGUCUGUCUGCUUUCAUAGACUAGUAGUCACUCUGCUGGGAAUGGCCUCCCCUCCUUGUCUGCCUGGCUUACUCUAGACUUGGCUCAGGCACCCCUGCCUCUGGGAAGCCCUCCCUGACCUGCUGGGCUGGAUGAAGUCUGUCUUAGGCACACCCCUCAUGCUGCGUUGGCGCUCUGCUCACAGUCCUGGUUCCCCCACCAGACCGAUUCUCCAUGGCAGGGGACCCACCUCUUGCACGGGUUGCAGGCGUAACUGAGCCAUCUGGGGCCCAGGGAUGGGCUUUGGUCACCUGGGAACCUUGUAGACAAGGGGACCAGCCUGGAGGCAUGUAGGGAGAGAUACAGCCAACCUCUCAAGCCAUCCAUUUUGGGUUCUUACUUAGUAGAGCCCCUGGUAGGGGUCUGCCUUGGGCUCGCUCUUGCCAGCAGACUCCAGCAGCCUCAUAGACACUCUGAGCCCUUCACACGUCCCUCACUGUGAGAAUGGCAGGACAACACUUGAGGAGAAUGUCUCUCUUGGCUGUUUCUCACUGUGUGUAACCUUGGACUGUGCACAUGCCCUUUCUGAGCCCUUGCGUCCCAUCUGUAAAAUGGGGCUGGUAGCAUGUACCUGGGAGGACAGAAGUAAGUUGGUAUAAGAGGCAAGCCCAGAAAAAGGGCCUGACACUUAGUGGAUACUCACAUGGCACUUUUAUAGCCUACUCCCAUAUUUCAAACAAGUAAACUGAUUCUCAGAGGGGGCAUGAGCUAACUCAGGCCCUGGUGAUUGGCGGCACAGCCAGGAUGCCAGGCUCUCCCGCUGGCUCUUGCUCUUGGCUCUCUCUCUGCACCCCUCCUCCACUUCUGCAGUGUGGAGUGGAUGGAGGGGCUGCUGUGGAGCCAAUCAGGCCCCUGUGCUCUGGACAUCUGGGCAAAUCUUGUGACCCUGCAUCCAACAGGAGGGCUCCAGUACCUAUUGUUGGCCCAGAAGGCGCUUAUGUAUGUCUCUGUGUUUCAGCUGCUCCCACACAGGCAGCCACGCCAGCCUGCCCUGCUGGGAUGAGCCGGAGCCAGACUCUCCUGACCCCGGUCAUCUGGUCCAGCCUGGGAUGGCGGGGGUGGGGGAGGCAUCUCACACACUCUUUUGGAACCCUCCGUCUUGACCUUUGCUCCUAGCAUUUUUGGGUUCUGAGAUGAACCCAGUGGAGGCGGCAUUUGCCUCACAGAAUCCCAGGAGCUCAACAGCUGGGGUUGGGUUUGCCCCAGCUUGCUGUGUGUCUUUGGCCCAUCAUGGUAGCUCUCUUUUUCACGUGUGACUGUUUUUUCCCUGCCAGAAUCAGGAGGGGCUUUGGGGAGCGAUUUUGGAGGGGGGCAGCGGCCUUGGCCGACUGGGCCUUUGCGGUGUUUGUGUCUCUGUAGAGUGUGGAUCAUCACGAUGAGGCCAGUGAGGCGGAGAUGAGAAGGACCUCAAACUUGUGCAUCAUUGAGAAUGGGCACCAGCCAGGCACAGGUCCAGGUGAUGGACCCCCUGAGGCUGCCCAGACCUUCCCGGCACCAGAACUCCGCAAGUCUCGGCCCAUGAGCCUUUCCUUGGGGCUGCCCCACCAGCCAGUCACGGCUGUCACUCGGGUCUCCGAGAGGUUCUCUGGAGAGACUUCAGCCACAGCUCUCUCGCCUACGUCUGCUGCCGUCCUGGGGGUCCUCAGUUCCAGCCCCAGUGAGGCCACCACACCCUGGACUUCCAGUCCCAGUGAGAAGAACUCUCUCUCACGGUCCUUGUUGGGCUCUGGCUAUGGGGCAGUGACACCAGGCAGGAACAAUGACAGCCCACCUCUGGUGACGCCAUCCCAGUCGCCCCCAUCCCCACAGCUGCCAGCUACCACUCAGGCCCAUCGCCGGGAGCUGGUGAGGUCGCAGACACUGCCCCGAACCUCGAGUGCGCAGGCCCGGAAGGCUUUGUUUGAGAAGUGGGAGCAGGAUACAGUGGGCAAGGGGAAGGGCGAGGCCCGGGCCAAGCUGAAGCGGUCACAGAGCUUUGGGGUGGCCAGCGCCAGCAGCAUCAAGCAGAUCCUGCUUGAGUGGUGUCGCAACAAGACUCUGGGCUACCAGCACGUGGACCUGCAGAACUUCUCCUCCAGCUGGAGCGAUGGAAUGGCCUUCUGCGCCCUGGUGCAUUCAUUCUUCCCUGAUGCCUUCGACUACAGCUCCCUGAGCCCCACGCAGCCGCAGAAGAACUUCGAGCUGGCCUUCACCAUGGCUGAGAACCUGGCCAACUGUGAGCGCCUCAUCGAGGUAGAGGAUAUGAUGGUGAUGGGCCGCAAGCCGGACCCCAUGUGUGUCUUCACUUACGUGCAGUCGCUGUACAACCACCUGCGGCGCUUUGAGUGAAGCCCGGGGCCUGGAGGCCACACAGCAACCCCAGGAGGGGACCGUGGGGCCGCUGCAUCCAAGUCGGGAUGGCCUGAGGCUGCGCUCUGGCCUGAGCUCCGUUCCUGCUGCCGGAGUGACCGCGCUCGGUCCUGCCCGGCUGUGUUCCGGAUUAGAGCACUGCUGAGCUGUGCUCCCGCUGCCUUGAUCACGGCCAGGGGCCCGAAGGAAAGGAAAAAUUACCAGAGAGAGAAAUUGGUGCUAAGUAAUUAUCUCCCUUAAAAAAAUGCUUGUCUGUAGGUCCCAGAAUGCUCAAUCACAGUUUUCCCUCUGGUGAGUCUGAUCCAUUGGUUUCACAGGGUUACGUUGAUUACCAAGUGUUUUUUUUUUUUUUUAUCAAAAUACCCAGAGUUUUUUACUUCCUCAUGCUAUUGUAGUUUCCUUUCCUCCCUCCCUCUGGGCCACUGCCAGGAAACAGAGAGACCGCUUAAUCAGCAGCUUGACAAAGAAGACCGAAGUCUUGGGAAGAAAGAGUUUAAUCACUCCCAGGUCCCAGGCAACAGAUGACCUUCAAGUCACCUCGGCUCUCUGGGGAGGUGGGAAGGCUCUUGCCUGGUCCCAGAGUGCUCCUGGCUUUCCCGGGAGGCCCCACAAGUGUUUGGCUAAGAAUAGGCUGUCCUGCAGUUCACACUUUGGGGAUGGACAGGCCCUUUGUGUAGAGAGGUAGUUUUUAUUCACAGCUUUUUUAGGGGAUUUGCUGCAGAUAUUUAUAAAAAGUAACUUCAUCUGUAUCAUUGACCAUUUGUACAUAAAGAUGUGUUGAACUUCC